UUGUUUUCCCAUCUUAUUGCUUCCACAGUUCCUUCUCGUGCCCUUUUCUCUUCUUCUCGCCGGGAUAGAGCUGCCGCGUUUGUGUGUCAGAUACCUACCGGAGCAGUCAGAAUGCCAGCGGACAGCUCAUCGGCUUCCGGCCAGACCGUAUGCGUUACUGGCGCCGGAGGUUUCAUCGCGUCGUGGCUGGUGAAGCUUCUGUUAGAGAGAGGGUAUACUGUAAAAGGAACGGUCAGGAAUCCAGAGGAUCCGAAGAAUUCUCACUUGAAAGCGCUUGAAGGAGCAGAUCAGAGGCUGAUCUUGUGUAAGGCCGACCUUCUCGACUUGGAGAGCCUCCGUGGGGCGAUCAACGGCUGCGAUGGAGUCUUCCACACAGCGUCCCCGGUGACUGAUGAUCCGGAGCAAAUGGUUGAGCCCGCCGUGAACGGGACCAAGAACGUGAUUAUCGCUGCUGCGGAGGCUGGCGUCCGCCGUGUCGUUUUCACGUCUUCUAUCGGGGCCGUCUAUAUGGACCCGAAUCGGAGCCCCGACGUGGUUGUGGAUGAGAGCUGCUGGAGCGAUCUCGAGUUCUGCAAAAACACUAAGAACUGGUAUUGCUACGGGAAAGCAGUGGCGGAGCAGGCUGCAUGGGAAGUGGCACGAGAGAGAGGCGUGGACCUGGUUGUUGUGAACCCUGUGCUGGUUUUGGGUCCAGUUCUUCAGCCCACCAUCAACGCCAGCAUCGUGCAUAUUCUCAAAUACCUGACGGGCUCUGCCAAGACCUACGCAAACUCGGUCCAGGCCUAUGUUCAUGUUCAGGAUGUUGCUGAGGCUCACAUUCUCGUCUUCGAGAGCCCGUCUGCAUCGGGCCGGUUCCUCUGUGCUGAGAGCGUGCUGCACCGGGGCGACGUCGUUGAUAUACUUGCGAAGCUCUUUCCUGAAUAUCCUAUCCCUACCAAGUGCUCCGAUGAGGUGAACCCUAGGAAAAAGCCCUACAAAUUUUCGAACCAACGGCUCAAAGAUCUGGGCCUUCAGUUCACUCCCGUCAAGCAAUGCCUCUAUGAUACCGUCAAAAGCCUGCAGGAUAAGGGCCACCUCUCCGUCCCUCAACCCCUCACCUGAUGGUGGGGCCCGCUUGCUGCUGCAGUGGCCCAUUCCCAUUAUGCAUAUACUCGAGAAGAAAAUUAGAAUAAGAUGGAUUCAUGAUCAUGUGGCCAUUUAAUCCGGUGCUAGUAGUGGGGUUGCAAACAACAUUUGAAUGAUGCUAUGAUUUUAUGGAUUAGCAUUCCAAGCACAAUUAGUUGUUUUUUUAUUUUGUGCAUUAGCUAAUAUAAUUUUCUUUUAAUCCACCGGGUCUGUACGUGUGUUCCUACUCAAUCCUUCCAUGUAAGCUCAUUCAUGUGUCCGUUUACCUGUUUUUGCCUCUUGCAGAGAUUGUCCUUUGACCGGAAUUGUCUAUCUUCCGGUUGGUAUCGUAAAUGAGAUAUGGUGCAGUAACUGUUAAAUGUAUUUUAAAAAUACAAAGAAAUGAAAAGAAAAGAAAAAACUUUGUGAAAAUUUUAUAUUA